GUCACAGCAUCUGCACGGCUGCUGCAUCCGCCUUCACCAGUGACGACGCAUAUCUCCAGAAGUUAAAUGGCAUGUGGCUCAUUUGGCUGCUCGAAUCCUACUACAGGCGUUUGGUAGCCUUGGAAGCCCUUCUGUCGCCAUCCCGUUCUGGUUUGUCCUUCUUUCUGGCAUGAUCAAAAUCUUCAAUGUGGUCCCUUUCAACAAACCUACGCAGCAACAGACUGAGGCUUUUCCUACAACAUCUUUCAACCUCCUCAGACAUGCUGGUUGCUCCUCCAAAGGUUAUUGCAAGCUGGCCAAAGCCAAAUUAUGUCGACCCUGAACAUCAAGGCCCUCAUUUGACGAUUAUCGUCAUCGGUUGCUUCACCAUUUCGUCUGCUGUGGUGGCACUACGAACAUACGUCCGAGUUAAAAUCAAGAAGAAUGCCGGUUGGGAUGACUGGCUCAUGCUGAGCACGCUGCCUCUUUUGGCUGGAAUCACAGUUUCCAAUAUUAUUGGCGUCUAUCACGGAUGGGGUUAUCAUAUCUGGGACAAUAAACCCGAGUGGGGAGUAACGUGCCGUCUGACCAGCUGGUGUUCUCAGGUCAUGUCUGUGAUUGUUGCCACAAUGGUCAAGUCCUCGAUUUUGGUUUCGUACAUGCGGUUCUUUUCUAGUACUGCAACAACCCUUAGGCAGGGUACCUGGAUUAUGCUUCACAUUGUGGUGGCAUGGGGUCUUGGUAUUUCUCCCUUGCUAAUUCAACUGCGCUACCCCUACUGUUCGCCCUUAUCAGAUUACUGGAACGACCCGACACGGCGGAAUUGUAUCAAUAACGGCGCACGCAUCAUCAGUGGCUCAAUCCCCCAUGUUCUCACUGACAUUAUUAUCUGGAUGCUUCCGAUCCCAACGCUAUGUAAAAUGCACCUACCGGGUCGAGAGAAGGUGGUUCUUAUCAUCCUUAUGAGUUUUGGACUUGUUGCUUGUGCAGCGUCUGUUGUGCGGCUUGCGUAUACCUAUGUGAUACUUUACGUAUCGUAUGAUUCUACCUGGGUUGGAUAUAAUCUCUGGAUUUGGAACGACCUGGAGGUCAACUUGGCCGUCAUAUGUGCUUCCUUUCCUAUGAUCCGACCCUUAGCCAGGAUGUACCUGCCCAAUUGGGGGUCCAAUAUAUUCACGACAUCUGCAGACAGUUUGCCUAUGGAAGCUCAGCCAUCUGGCCAGAAGAAGAUGAAUCUUGUACUUCCUGAGUGGAAACACGAUGAGGAAAGCGUACCAAAUGAAAAGUAUGCUAAUAUUGCGCCCAUCAGUGGACUGGAUGAGAAAACCGAGCUUAAAGUCCCGGAGCAAGCAGUACAUUCGACAAAACAGAAGCUUUAA